AUGAGGACUUCUGUUGGAAGCCAGCCGCUAAACCUGACAGCAUUCGCUCGGGAUCAGCCUCUGGGAACAGGAGGAACAACCCACAUGCCAGUCAGGCAGAGAUCCAUAUCCACACUCUAUCCUCUGGAAAAGUCUAAACAUUCAUACAUUUCCAUUUCCUUUUUGCAGAAAUAAAAGCUUCUUAACAAAUAUUAAUCUAACAUUUAGCUAACUAACCUGUCUGUACCCUCUGGUGCCCCUAUCCAGGGUUGUAUUUCAAAUGGCACCCUAUUCCCUACAUAGUGCACUACUUUUGAACAGGGCCCAAAGUGUUCCAAAAGGGUUCUUCGGCUGACCCCAUAGGGGAAACCUUUUUGGUCCCAGGUAGAGCCAUUUUCGGUUCCAGGUAGAACCCUUUUGCGUUCCAUGUAGAACCCUCUGUAUAAAGGGUUCUACAUGGAACUCAAAAGGGUUCUACCUGGAACCAAAAGGGUUCUUCAAAGGGGUUCUUCUAUGGGGACAGCCGAAGAACCCUUUAAGGUUCUAGAUAGCACCUUUUUUUCUAAGAGUGUAGGGUGUCAUCUGAGCCGCAUCCCUGUUAUCACUAUGUUCCUAUUAUUGUACCUCUAUGCUUUAUUACUUAACAUUUUAAGCUCUUUGGGCAGCGAUGUAUUGUAUGAAAGGUGCUAAACAUUAUUUUAAAAAAUUCCAGUCCUUCAUGGUGUUGCGACUGCCCAAAGACAUUUUGCAGAGCUCUGCAGAUGGUUGGUCCCCCUGGGAAAGUCCUCCUUCUGAGGAAGAGAUUAGAAAUUCUCUGACUGCCCAGUACUGGUCCACCUACCGGACUGACUUCCUGGGCAUGCCUCAAGGUAGAGAGAGCAGGGGGCAUAUAUGUCAAGUGUCUUAGAGCAGGAGUGCUAAUAUAGGAUCAGGUCCCCCCCUCCUCUCCAUGUAAUCUUAUUAAUUCAGCUGUAAAAGGCUAAACUGAUCCUAGAUCAGCACUCCUACCCUGAGACGCUUUAUGAAUAUAGGCUCUGAGCUGUGUCUGAAAUGAUACCCACACUACUGUUUCGAAGUACUGGUGUUUCGAAGUACUCCCCACCAUGAGUAUCUCUAUGACAGAAACAACUAGGGUAAAGUUAUAGUUCUGUGCAAACUGAAGACGGAACACCCCAAAAAUAAAUAUUUACCAGGAUUCAAGCAAGCAGAUAGCACAUUCAGAAGUGUUUUUUAUUUGUACAACAAAUAACAUAAUUAUCAGUCAAGUUGCAUACACUGUAUGACUUCUCAGCCAGGUUUGCGUCCGAACGGAACAGGUCAUGCCAUGUAACGGUUAAGUUUCUAAAUUAAGUUUCUAAAUGUCUAACAUCUUCCCUUCGGGAUACUCUGCUGUGGAACUUAAAACGCAAUUCUGAACGCGUUAUCUGGAAACCAUUAUCUGCAAUUGAAUAUGAGUUUUGGGGGGUUUUGUCUUCAGUUUGCGCAGAAGACAGCAGUACAUCUUCACUCCAGUUGUGUGUUACCCCUUAUAGCGUUCCCCUUGCAAGUUUUCUCUUGUGAGCUUUCGUCUUUUUACAGUGCUUCAGUUGAAACAACCCGAUUUUCGCCCCGCUGAGCCACAAACGCCAAGUCCCUCACUGCACACACACACAGAUGAGGCACAACCACUGCCAGCCCAGGCAACGGUCUGAGCUGCAUGGCAACAUGUCUCGCUACGGCUGCAACGCACUGCACGGA